CAUGUUUAUUACAGAAACAAGCGCAGUGUCUCACUUCCCAAAUCCUCAAAAAAUGGUGAAUUUUCCAGUGUUGUUGAGAUGAAAGAAAGUAGCUCGACGUCUCUGCUCAGGCGUAUUUUGGUGAAUUGUGCGGCACAGCUUCGCACAAAGGUUUAAGUGCUCCCUAUUUUAUCAAUGUUGAGCUUUGGACGCUAGACUGGAUACUAGGAGUGCGAUCUAAAUAUUGGACGGGAGUAGUUGAAAGAAUUUUGGCAACAUGUCAGGGAAAGCAUCAAUUUCGCAGUCAAGUACUGGGUUUGGAUCCGGUGCUCUGUCACAUGUUUAUAUCAAACAUCCACCUCUACGUUGCAGCAUUCCUGGAUCAAUGGGUUUAUUUUAUGAUGAUGGAACUAAAUUGCUCAUUUCCACGACAUCUACUCAGGUCUUUUCAUGGAAAACUGUUCCUUUUUCUCCUCUCGCGGCCCCUACCACUGACUCAAUUAGUGAAGGACCCAUAUUAGCUGUUAGGUUUUCUCUAGAUGAAAAGCUGAUUGCAGUCCAGCGGUCUAACAGCGAGAUACAGUUUUGGCUUAGAGAAACAGGUGAAACUUUCUGUCAAAAAUGCAAGUCCGAGUCAGAGAGCAUACUGGGAUUUUUCUGGACAGAUUGCCCGUUGUGUGAUAUUGUAGUUGUAAAGACCAGUGGCUUAGACUUUUAUUCUUAUGAUCCUGCUUCAAAAUCACUUACCUUGGUGGAGACAAGGAAAUUGAAUGUGAGUUGGUAUGUAUACACACAUGAGAGCAGAUUACUUCUUCUUGCUUCCGGAAUGCAGUGCAAGACUUUCAAUGGAUUUCAGCUUUCUUCUGGAGGUGUUAUUCGAUUGCCAAAAUUCGAGAUGUUAAUGGCUAAAUCUGAAGCUAACAGUAAGCCUGUCCUUGCCGAUGAGGAUCUAUAUAUUGUUACUGUCUAUGGGAGAAUAUACUGCUUGCAAGUUGAUAGAGUUGCUAUGCUACUGCACUGCUAUAGAUUUUACCGUGAUGCUGUUGUACAACAGGGUUCUCUGCCAAUUUAUUCAAGCAAGGUCGCCAUUAGUGUAGUGGAUAAUGUACUACUUGUGCACCAAGUAGAUGCAAAAGUUGUUAUACUUUAUGACAUAUUUGCUGAUUCCCGAGCUCCCAUAUCAGCCCCACUUCCUGUACUUUUGAGAGGCCUCCCAAGGUCCAACAGUUCAACCUCUCGAUCUAACGGCAGAGAAAGUGAAAAUUCGGAGACCUCUAAUGCUAAUUAUCACGAAACAAUUAUUUAUGGGGAUGACUGGAAUUUUCUGGUUCCUGACCUUGUCUGUGAUGUUGCUAAUAAGCUUUUAUGGAAGAUCCAUCUAGACUUGGAGGCAAUUUCUGCUAGUAGCUCAGAGGUUCCAUCAGUAUUAGAAUUCCUACAAAGGCGAAAAUUGGAAGCAAAUAAGGCUAAACAACUAUGCUUGGCAAUUACACGAACAGUUAUUCUAGAACGCAGACCCGUCAACAUGGUUGGUAGGGCAAUGGAUGUCAUAGUCACCUCUUAUUCUCUCUCUAUCAAAACAGGCAGUUAUUUCAAGGGAACAAAGGCUGAGAGGAGACCCACAGGUGUGCCAAACGUUAACAACCCUGAAGCUGGUACUGAUGUGUCUGUCAGCCAAACAGAUGGACGGGGAAAAUCCAUCAAGUUUGAGUCUAAUUCCAGACACAACAGUGGACUCAUCAAUAGGUCUUCAACUUAUUCAGCUUCAGAUUCUGAGGAUACUGGCAGCUCUGAACCACUGAAAACCAACUUAGAUGAUACCCCUGAAACUCAGCCAUCAUCUUUACAACCUCAAACUCUAGGACCUGUGAACAAUCUAGUGAAUCACGAUGUCUUAGAGCAGCAAGAGACCCAGCUUGCUACCCCUGCAAUUUCACCUGAUGAGAUGUACAAAUUUGUAUUUGCUCCUGUUGAUGAAGAGAUGGUUGGAGAACCUUCUUAUCUAGUUGCUAUCAUUCUUGAGUUCCUUCGAAGUGCUAAUGUAGAAAAGGUCAAAGUGCAUCCGAAUAUUUAUGUGUUGACUAUACAACUAUUGGCCCGCAGUGAACGAUAUGCAGAACUAGGAUUGUUCAUCAUAAACAAGAUUCUUGAACCUUCAAAGGAAGUUGCUUUCCAGCUCUUAGAAUCAGGGCGUCAAAAUCCCCAAACUAGGAAGUUGGGUUUGGAUAUGCUAAGACAGCAUCCUUUACAUAAUGACUAUGUGUUGUUACUGGUGCAAGAUGGAUAUUAUCUUGAAGCUUUACGUUAUGUACGAAAGCAUAAGGUCACUGGUGUUCGGCCCUCGUUGUUUCUUGAAGCAGCAUUUUCAUCCAAUGACCCGCAACAUCUGGCUGCAGUGUUGAGAUUCUUCUCAGAUUUUAUUCCUGGCUUUCGAAAUACCACAGAUUUCUGUGCAUACUACCGUGUUCUCAGUGAGAUGAACGGAACAGUCAACGCCUGAGGAGGGAGGAGUGAGGCCAAAUGAGAGGACAAAGACGCAUCAAAUUGUAUUGUUGGUUGUAGCAAUGCUGUUGUGCCAGUAAUCCGUAAGCACUCAAAUCCUGCCUCUAUAAGAUGAAAAACAAACCGUUUGAUAAGUAAAUGACUACAACCUCUCUCUUUGAAAUAAUAUUACUUUGUUUUUUUUGUACAUCUAAUGAUGAUGGACUAUAUGCCAGAGAUAGUUUUUUCCGUUCUCAAAUCUCUCACCAUCCAUCUCAAGGUUUAAACUUGAGAUUUCUAACUUGAAAUCUCAAACUCUUAUUUGUAAGAACACUCUGUAACAAGCACCUUUACUCAUUUGACAGGUAAGAAGUGUUAUCAUUCAUCUUUAGAUGAUUGCGAACAUCCUAAUUAAUCAAGGGAGCUGAUGUAUAACUAUCUUAGGAAAAGGUUAUUGAGAACAAUAUUUAUUAGAACAUGCUUCGUUUGUAAUGUUAGGUCUAAUCUUGUUAGUGUCCCUACAAAAUAAACUAAAGAGAGGUUGAAAGUGUUAGGUUUAAUAGAUCUGCAAUUCAAUU